UAAAAAAGCCCGUUUGGAAACAUGGAUUUCCAAAUCCAAAUCCCCGUUUGGGCCAACAAAUAAAUAAAGAAAUAGAUUUGGAUUUGGGGAUUUGAAAUCAGGGGGAAACAGAGCAACUAGAGCAGCGAAGAAGAAUUCAACUACACAACUUUUCGAUACUCUAACAGGGUUUGGUUAGGAAGAGCUUCUAAUGGCAACAGCUACGUACCCGCCACCACCACCGUAUUACAGACUAUACAAAGAUUACUUACAAAAUCCAAAGUCAGCUCCUGAGCCUCCCCCUCCUAUUGAAGGGACUUAUGUUUGUUUUGGAAGCAACUAUACUACCGAUGAUGUGCUUCCAACCUUGGAAGAACAAGGAGUGCGCCAGCUAUACCCAAAGGGACCAAAUAUCGAUUUUAAGAAGGAACUGAGGUCCCUUAAUAGAGAGUUGCAGCUGCAUAUUUUGGAGCUCGCUGAUGUUCUUGUUGAGAGACCAUCGCAGUAUGCAAGGAGAGUGGAGGAAAUAUCCCUAAUAUUUAAAAACUUACACCACCUUCUCAAUUCAUUGCGUCCCCAUCAGGCUCGAGCAACGUUAAUUCACAUUCUAGAACUCCAAAUACAACGCCGUAAACAAGCUGUGGAGGAUAUAAAGAGGAGAAGAGAAGAAGCUCGGAAACUUCUCAAGGAGUCAAUUGCAACCUUGGACGGAAACUAGUGCAUGAAUUGGAUAAUUUUUUAUGAUAUGAUAGCUGCAUUUACUGCUAUUUAGUUCUACUCAGUGCAUCUUGUUUUCUCACACUCCUGGAAAUCUGACUUGAAUAUAUCUGUUGUGUCACAUAUGACUGUUAGGGUUUAAUUUUAAGUAUCCCAACUGAGUAAUUACUAAAAUUCUAACGACAGGAUCUUGAGCACAAGAAGCCUAUUAGAGAAUUAUGAAGAAAGCUGAACGAAUACUUGUGGAUCUAAAAUCUGCUAUUGUAGAAAUAUAUGAAUGGCCAACUUUCCUUGAAA